AGAGAAGAGAGGUAGCAACAGCAGCAAGCUAAGCUAUCCAGCAGUGAGCACUCAGAUCAAAUACAAAAAGAGACAAUAUAUGUAUAGCUUUUAAUUAAGCUACUAUAGCAGCAACCAAUAACCCUUAUAUAAGAUUUGCCUUUUUUUCUCUCCUCUCCUAAGUUCCUUCCUUCAUUCCUUUCUCUAUGUGUCCCACUCAAUAGUCACAGACAAACUAAAGCUGUUGAUCAUCAGCUUUCUUCCUUCCUUCUUGAGUAGUUGAGUUUACCUCUCUCUCUCUCUUUUUUCUUCCACUUUCCCUAUUUUGGUCCCCCAGAAGAAGUGAAACAUGUUGAGCAAUGCAAGAGCAGGAAAUAGGUCAUCAUCUUCUUGUUCUUCUUCUCCAUUCACAGCAACACAGUGGCAAGAACUGGAGCACCAAGCUCUCAUCUACAAGUACAUGGUCUCUGGUGUCCCCAUCCCUCCUGAACUCCUUUUCUCUGUCAAGAGAAGCCUCGACUCCUCCUUUUCUUCAAUUGGGUGGGGAUGUUUUCAGGUGGGUUUUGGUAAAAAGGGAGACCCAGAGCCAGGAAGGUGCAGAAGAACCGAUGGCAAGAAAUGGAGGUGCUCCAAAGAAGCAUACCCUGGCUCCAAAUACUGUGACAGACACAUGCAUAGAGGGAAAAACCGUUCAAGAAAGCCUGUGGAAAUCUCUUCUUCUUCAUCCUCUCCUUCUCCUUCCACUGCAACAAAUGCCUCCAGAACCUCACCUAACUGUAAUAACACCACCACCACCACUAGUAAUAACAACUAUUACCACAAUCCUUACCUAACUUCCUACAACAAUCCUUCACUGAUCAACCCUCUAUCCAUUUCCUCAUCUACAUCAUCACUUGAUUCUGAUGUCCACCAGCAGCAAGCCCCUCUUAAUGGCCACAACUUUCUCAAUAGCACUUUCCUUUAUAACACUAGUACUAAUACCUCCUCUUGCUCCAAUUCCUCUUCUUGUUCCAAGACCACACCUACCCCUACUCCUAAUCUGUUUAUGGAUUCUCUCUCUUCCUCUCACCCUACCUCUGACAAAGAUUACAGGUACCUCCAAGGAGUGAGAGAGGAUCAGCAACUUCAGCACCAUCAAUAUGGGUCAUCACCACAGCCAGAGUUUGACAACUUCUACUCAUAUCCAUCAUCUAAACAAGAUUAUCAUAACCAGCAGCAGCAUUGCUUUGUUUUGGGAGCUGAUUUCAAGUCGUCAUCAUCAUCAUCAUCAAUCUCAGCUAUUACCAACAGGCCAUUAAUCAAGGUGGAAGAGGGCAGCAAUCACAAUGAAGAGAUGUCAUCAUCAUCAUCCCACAAGCCAAUGCACCAUUUCUUUGGACUUGGUGGUGGUGGCGGUGCAGAUUCUUGGCUGGAUCUUGCAUCAAGCUCAAGGCCCUCCUAGCUAAUGGGGAGCAUUGAUGGAUCUUUUUAGCUUUAUCGGUGGUGCCAAAAGAGUACUUGUUGGUGGUGAUAAAUAUGAUGUGGGUCUGAGAACUUGUGGCUGGGGAGCAAAAUUUGGGGGUUUUUCUACUGUUGAGCUGCAGUGUUGUUUUGGAUUUAAUAAUGUAGGGUCACAGCAAAAGAAAGAAAGCAGCUUCUUUCUUUUUUUCUGUUUUAGUUUUUACUUUGUGAAAGGAGGGGUAGGGUACUGUUCUGUCUGUUUGUUACCAGCUGGUAAAAGUGAAAGAUCCUUUCUUCACAAGUGUACACCAUCAUUAUGUCAAAACUUAUAUGCAAAGUUUUUUUUUGCUGUCCAUGAGUACAAGAAACACAAGUUUGGGGUUU